CCGCGUCUUCUUAGACAUUUGAUCACAUCCACUUGCUGCUUGAGGAUAGAAAUAAGCCAUUCAAUUCACUGCCGACCAUCAUGAAUAUACUAAUCUGGAUGUGUCUCCUCGGCUGUUUGGCCAGUGUCAGUGGCAUUUUCUUCGACUUACCAGAGAAGAAAAAUACCACAGGACGAGGCGAUGAGACAGGAGGCAUUUUCAGUGCGCUUGAAGAGGCAACAGAUACGAUUGACGGUUUAUGGCAACACUUUAAAAAGGAAAUUUUGGGAGUGCUGGGCAGUUUUAGUUCCGGCGAUUCUGGCACACUUCCAACGCCAAUUUCAAAUGAGACAUCGGCCGCACCUGUGCCGCCUUCAUUGCCUCUAAAAUCAACAACUGAUAGAAUAAUAACAGCAACAACUACGACGCCAACUACUACGGAAUCUGGAAAGAAAUCGACAGAGGAAACUACUACAAUAGCUACACCCACUAGUACUUCAGCUCCAUGAGUAAUGAAGAAAUUCUGUCGCUUAACCUUCGUAUCGGAUAUUGCUCGUCAUUGUUUGCUCCUCAGCUGCUUUGUGCGGGUAUUUAAACAACGGCCAUGCAAAUAUACGUACCAGUCACACAACUCUA